UCUCAGCUAGUCUGACAGUCUCUCUCUCUCUCUCUCGCUCUCACUCUCUCCUCCCUCCUCCAUGCUCUCUCUCUGUCACUCUUUCUCUCUCUCUUCUCUUUCUCUCUGGUCCUUUAAGCCUGCUGCAUCACAGGAGCUAUCCAGUGCUGAACCAAAUAUUUUAAAUAUUUUAUUUUUUGGAAAGCUGGGGAUGCCAUAGAGAAACACACAGCAUUCUCAUUCCUUCUCUUAUGUCUUUUAGAGGUUGCAUUUUCCUUUAACACAAGGAUUACUUCUACUGACAGCCGGCUCCAGCUCUGCCUGUUUGCUGAUUUCUUUGGGGGUAUUACCUUUUCUCUUCAUGUGUGAUUCUCAGUUCUGUGUGUUUUUUAUUCUUUGAAACAUGCCCCGUUCGUUUUUGGUGAAGAAAAUCAAGCUUGAUGAUUUCUCUAAUCACCAUCACCACCUGGACGACUCGUUCACUCCUUUCACACGCUCCAUCACUGACUCUGUGACCAGCUUGGGCGUUCGUCUCAGUGAGAAUGGCUACAUCCAGGAUUACAUCACACCAUCUGUAUAUCAGGGGGAGACGAAGAUGGAGCUCAAAAUGGCGUUGCCCGUCUCUGACCCUCUGUACACCCAGGUGAGCAGCAGGGGUGAGGAGUACUGUGACCCUGACCUGGAGCACCCUGACAGCCCCCAGUCCGGCAUGACGGCCAGUGGAUUCUACAGUGGUGAGGCGGAGGCCCUGACCGAGGGCUACACCAUGGAUGCCUUCUUCAUCUCCGACGGGCGCUCACGGCGGAAGGGAGACGGUGAUGGCCGUAAGGGAGGUCGUUCUGGUGCUUCCAAUGCUGAUGCCACAGAGGAGAGAGAAGCAGGGGCCACCGGGACAGCCCGUCACACUUGCAACGAGUGCGGCAAGACGUACGCCACCUCGUCCAACCUCAGCAGGCACAAACAGACACACCGUAGCCUGGAUAGCAAGAUGGCACGCCAGUGUCCCACCUGCGACAAAGUGUAUGUGUCCAUGCCAGCACUGGCCAUGCACAUCCUCACCCACAACCUAAAGCACAAGUGUGACGUGUGCAACAAGGCUUUCAGCCGGCCCUGGCUCCUGCAGGGCCACAUGCGCUCGCACACCGGGGAGAAACCGUUCGCCUGCGCCCACUGCGGCAAAGCCUUUGCUGACCGCUCAAACCUCCGCGCCCACAUGCAAACCCACUCUGCCUUCAAGCACUACCGAUGCAAGCGCUGCAAUAAGACCUUCGCCCUCAAGUCCUACCUGAACAAGCACUAUGAAUCAGCCUGCUUCAAGGGUUCCGGGGACGAAGAUGAUGACGAGUCCUGCUCUGAGAACUAGUUGCCGGAACCAGAAGGACGGAAGCAGAAUUUGGAAUCCUAUACUGUAGGUUCUACAACCAAUAACCCCCUUCACUCUGCCCUCCAUGCCUUUUUCUUCCUUUUUUUAGAAAGCAAUAUUUUCACUGAGAUUACGUGAAGAAAACUGUUAUGAUUAUGGCAAAGACAAUUUCAAAAGAUGCUGGAUCCCCCCCCCCCCCCCCCCCCACCCCCCCCACCCCCCCACCCCACCCCGCACAGUAGCUAAUCAUCCACAGAUACUUACAAUCAAAACAACAAUCCUCCAAAUAAAUACUCUAGUUUUUAGCUCACACACAAACACACACACGCAUUUGCACACACGCUCACACAAUUAUAUAUGAGGCCUGGCAUGUGAUUUUUUUAAUCAAUGACUAUAAUGAUAUUGAUAUCAAUAGUAAUACUAUUUAGAUUCCUGAUAUUUUAUAGAAAAUAUUACAGGGAAAAUGAAGAGGAAGAAAAAUACAUAAAAAAGGACUGUAACAGUUUUCUUUUGUUUUUUAGAGACAAAAAUGACCUCUUGUAUUUUUAUGCUGCUUUUUAUUUGCUAAGAAUUUAAUUAUUUUGCAACUGCCAACAUUCACUUUUUAUGAAAAUGAGUACUAUGACAGUAUUUGCAUAAAAGGGAAAUCAUUUUAAAGUUUAAAAAGUACCCUUUUUGUCACACAUAUGUUUUUAAUUCAAUGGGUGUUAUUUUUCUAUUGUCCGACUGAAUUUGUUAUACAUUUUGGUGCCAAUUCCUCCUUGAUUUUUGAAAGCAAAGCAUCUUUGUAACUGUGGGUAUUCAGAAAACUUCCAGCAAAACUCAUUGAACAAACCUAAAGGCAAACUACAUCAGCUGAGUACAAUAGGAUCAUGAACCAGGGUCAUUGUCAGUUCCAUCAGAGAAGUUGUUUUGAGUUCUUAUGGAGACCUGUUGAACAGGUUGUGGAAUCACAAGAUACCGGAGGCACUCAAAGUACACUCUCUUCAUCAUACUGGUAACUACAGUUUAACAAUAACAACACUGGGAGGAGACAAACCAAAUGUACCGAUUGGUUGUUAUAGGUGCCAUGUGCAUUGUGCAGUAACCUGUCUAUAGCAAUGGAAACCAUCCCUGUUCUUCCUCCACCACGGUGGCUUGCAUGAACUUUGCCACUCUGUGGUGUUUCCCUCAGUCGUAAUAAGCAAUGUUCAUUACACUCUCUGAGGUGCUCUCCCUCUUCUUUUACUGGUAUUACCUCAAAAAGGAAAAUAUAUGAGCUCAUGACAUGCACCCUCAGUUACAAAGGAAUGUUUUAUUUUAUUUUAUAUAUGUUGCUGAAAGCUCUUUCUACCAUUAGAUGUAUAGCAUCCUACUACCUUGUAAAUGGUGUAUUUAUUGAUCUAUUUAUGUAAGUAUUUAUUUGUCAAUGUAUUAAUGUAUUUGUUAUUCAUAUGUUUCUAAAUGUAUUCAUCUAUUAAUUUAUUCAUUUAUGCCAUGACGGUACUUGUCUAUUCACGUGUUGAAAUAUGACUUUCCAUUGACCUUGUAAGAUGCUGCUGAUCUUCAAAGAAAAUGUGUAUAUGCAUGAAACUGUAGAGAGUCCAUGGGACUUAGUUUUUUAAAGAGGAACAAUGACUAGUAUCAGCCAUAACUUCAAACACAUGAUGAAUGCAGAUUAGAUUUGUUUCACAGCAAUAAUAACUUCACUGGUACAGCAAUAAUAACUUCACUGGUACAGCAAUAAUAACUUCACUGGUACAGCAAUAAUAACUUCACUGGUACAGCAAUAAUAACUUCACUGGUACAGCAAUAAUAACUUCACUGGUACAGCAAUAAUAACUUCACUGGUACAGCAAUAAUAACUUCACUGGUACAGCAAUAAUAACUUCACUGGUACAGCAAUAAUAACUUCACUGGUACAGCAAUAAUAACUUCACUGGUACAGCAAUAAUAACUUCACUGGUACAGCAAUUGACAUGUAUAAUAAUAAUCCAAACUGUCCUGUUUGCAGUCGAUUUAGGGCAAUAAAAUGAAACAGAUGAAGAAGAAAUGUUAAUAAAUCCUCCAUCUUGUUGUUUCCCAAAGGUAGAGUCCACCCAACUGCCUCCCUUCACAUAUUAGCUGAAGAUUGACCCUUGAAGGGUUGAUGAUCAUGUCAUGCAAUGCUGUCCAAAGAUAGCAAACCUUACUAUUAUGCUUUAUUAGAAAACCAAUGAAAUCUAACAUUUUCCACAUAGAACAUCAAACACUUCCUUAUUCAACCCUCUGAAUAAGAUAGGGGGAAUCAGUUAUUUUCAGACAGAUACACAUUCUAUUCUACCAGCUGGCUUGUCUUCCACAACUCACAUAUCUGUAUUCCAGAAUCCUGACAGGUUGAGUUAGUUGGAAGGAGGACUGAGGGGCCCCAAUCAUCAUGCCAGAGGAGAUAAUGGCAUUGGGAAGGCUUUUUUCCCAGGUGGAUUAGCCAGGCUAUAAUAAUAGCAAUGCAGUAAUUAUAAAACAGUGUCGACAGCAAUUGCUCUCCCGAUUACCCUGCCAGAGCUUUGCUGCAAGCCAUUAAAGCCCUGUAAAAGGGAAAAGUUGGGAAUCAAGAGAUUGGCAGAUUUAUCUGUAAGACAGUGUUUUCCUUAUAAUGUACACUAAGAGAGCUUUGGAAAGGUUUAUGUAGCCUGGUUUAACAGUGAAAGGGGAAUAUGCACUGAAAAGACCUUAGAAGUUAAAGGAAAAUGGGAAUGUUUUCCAAAACCUCCCACAAUAUAUAGGAAACAGUCAUUGCACAAGAAAUUUAAAACAACACUUCCCAUAACAGAAAAUUGCCACUUGGUUGGAAGGCUGAAAACAACCGGUGUUAGUCAGUGUGAUACAGACUGCUUUCCAUUUAGGACAUCUGUCAUGAUAGGGAUUUUGUGUUACAGUCACAGUUGCUUCCAAAAUGAAUCUGUUUGGCAGAUUGCUCUAUGUUGAAUCCAUGUGUUUUUUAGGAUUAGAGGUUUGAAAUUAUGGGGUGUCUAUCGGCAAGAUAAUGAUAUCUAUGAAAAACAUGUCAUUAUAAUUAAUGUGUCAAUAAAAUUGAUGUUCUUCCAUCAAUUGACAAGAGAAGGCUUUAUACAAAAUCCUUCAUUCAUGUAAAUCUCUUCAUGACACAUGAUGUUAUUGUUGUAAAAUAAUAAUACACCAUCCUCUCCCUCCCUAACUGGUUUUGAUGAGAUGUGUGGUUUAGUGGUGUGUGAGAUGGUUCGACUGGGAUUGGUAGAGGCUGUGGCGUGUGGGAGGAUAACAGGUGUUUGCAGACAGACUGCAGAUAGGGAGAGUAAUUGAGUUGGUGAGCGACCUCCAAGGGGAAGGUCGAGCACCAGCAGACAAAUGCACUGUCAGCUAUUUGCAUAUUCUAAAUGGAUGACACAAUCACAGUAAUGGUGAGUUCUCCUUUAAAAACCUGUUUGGGAAUAAAUGGAUUCUGCCUGCUUUCGUUCCAUCCUUCUCUUAUGUUUUACCACUACCACUUCCCCAUACAAUGACUCCAGCCUCUAUAUUAACCUCUUUCAAUCUAAAUAUGUAGUCUUGGUUCAUGAUAGGCUUGGUGAACAUACUGGACUCAUUGUGAAAAAAAAAUCCCUGUCUUCAAAACAACUCGUGGAAUAUUUGUGUAGCCUACAGGUAUUUUGAGUUCAGAAGGAACUGGGUGUUUUUUCCUAAAAUUAUUUUGUAGCUUAUCCUCCUACUUGAUGGAGGGAUCCAUGUUUGUUCUGAGCAACAUGACAACCAAACUGUACUGUAUGUCCAAUACAGAUAUGGAUUUGAUUGCAAAAUCAAACUUAUAGGCUGAGUUUAAACAGGCAGCCCAAUUCUGAUAUUUUUUUCAAUAGCUCUGAAAAAGAGCUGAUGUGAAAAUAUCUGUUGUGAUUGGUCAAAAGACCAAUUAGUGGAAGAAAUAUCAGAAUUGGGCUGCCUGUGUAAACGCAGUCAUAUUGUCCCAAAAUGAAUAUAAACACUAAAUGCAGAAAAGUAAGUGAAAAUUUGUUCUGAAACGGUUGUUCUGAGUUUGAGAAGGGAAAACAUUGUUCCUCUUUGACGAUUUUGUAAAUAUAUUUGUAUAUACUGUAUAUCACAGCAAUAAUAUGACAAUGCAUGUGGACAUUUACUUGUUUGCUCUCUUUGCUUAUGUUGUCUUCUGUAAAGAAGACAAAUACAGGUACCAACUACAGUGUGAGUUGGAAUGUGAAUCAGGAAAAGUCCUAAUUAAAAGCUAUCUGUCAUAGGUUACUAACAACACUCCACUGCUCUGUGCACUCUGACUGGGAGAUUUGUCCAUGUUCUUAUUCUUUAAUAUUUAUUAAAAUGUUAUUGAUGUGCCCGGCUUGGCUGCGCAAUGAUGAAAAGUGCCAAAAAGUAUGAUUUCCAUAACAAAAGCCUUCAACAUAUUCUGGGUCGCUUGAAACCUUCCAUAUGUUCCUCAAAACAAUGAUUCAGUUUUACCACUUUAUUUCAAACUCUCUUUUUUUUGUCUUUACUAUUUUCAGCGAAGUGUGAAGAAAUUUAAGCCAUGAUUUCUGAGGGGUGUUUUGGCUGAUUUUAUUCUGCUACAAUUAAUAAUGAUGAUAACAAUAAUGGUGAUAAAGAUAAUAAAAACAAUAGCACAAGU